AUGGCCUUCAACAAAGCUGCUCCGCAUGGUGCUGGCCCGUCCGAUGAGUAUAGUCGAUCGUUCACUUCAAGCUCUCCAAUUGCUCGGAAUGCCAUUGCUCGCGAUCUCGCUUACUAUGACGAGGAUGACGGAGCUGACAUCGACGACGAUGGCGCUCCGCUCGUGCGCGCAACCAGUGAUGUCCUUGGUACGACGCCGCACUCUUUAGCAGGCUCUUAUCGUCGGCCUGGAUUCUACACAGCUGGACCACGCGGAACGGUUGUUCCGCAUGAUUCAGAACCAGAACAGUAUCUAUCGAAGCGGGAAUUGGAGCGCGCCUAUUCAGAAGAGAGGGACUUGUUGAGUGAUAGCAACGUUCUUGGUAUACGCCAGUCAGGAAGCGGUUCCGUGAGUACCUUGACGAAUCAACUCAGCUCUAGCCUAUUGCACAGGGCGCAAUCUAGAGAGGCGCAUGAGGAGAGUCAACCGCCAACUGAGACAGAGCCAACUGAGACUUCGACUUUAUUAGGAAACCAGGGGCGUCUUGAUGAAAAUGCAAUCGACAGAAAAUGGGAGGAGGCGGUCACGGCUGGCCUUAUUCAAUCAAGCUGGAAACGAGAAGCUCAAGUUAUUGGAACAUAUUCACUACCGCUUAUGGUCACUUUCUUGCUCCAGUAUUCCUUGACCGUAGCUAGUAUCUUCACAGUCGGCCACCUGGGAACGAUAGAGCUGGGAGCCGUCAGUCUGGCUAGUAUGAGCGUCACCAUAACCGGGUGGGCUGUUUACCAAGGCCUUGCCACCAGUCUCGACACACUCUGCGCCCAAGCGUAUGGGUCGGGGAAAAAGAAGCUUGUUGGACUACAAAUGCAGCGAAUGGUUUUCUUCCUGUGGGUAGUCACGAUUCCAAUUGGGCUGUUAUGGUUCUUUGCCGACAAAAUCCUUGUCGCUAUCAUCCCGGAAAAGGAGGUCGCUCUUCUUGCCGCUCAAUACCUGAAAAUCUUGAUCCUAGGAGCUCCCGGGUAUGCCUGCUUUGAAAGUGGCAAGCGGUUUGUCCAGGCACAGGGAAUUUUCACAGCAUCCCUGUAUGUCCUUCUGUUCUGUGCACCGCUUAACGCUUUCAUGAACUGGUACUUUGUCUGGAAGCUCAAUUUGGGCUUUAUAGGUGCUCCUAUCGCUGUAGCGAUCACCGAAAAUCUUCUCCCAAUAUGCCUCUUCCUUUAUGUAUACUUUAUCGAUGGUCUUGAGUGUUGGAAUGGGUUUACGUGGCGGGCCUUUGAGAAUUGGGGCCCUAUGAUACGGCUUGCCUUGCCGGGCUUUAUCAUGGUCGAGGCUGAAUGCCUUGCAUUUGAAAUACUGACUCUGACUUCAUCCUACUUGGGCACCGAAGCGCUCGCAGCCCAGUCCAUUCUCAGCACGAUCAGCAGCAUUACCUUUCAAAUCCCCUUCCCUCUGUCGAUUGCGGGCAGCACCCGCGUCGCCAACCUCAUCGGCGCAACCCUCGUCGAUGCUGCUCGGACAGCCGCAAAGGUCAACCUGAGCGGCGCCGUGAUCGUGGGGGUUCUGAACAUGAUCCUGCUCUCGUGCCUAAGAUAUUCACUCGCAGGUUUGUUCACAUCAGAUGAACAAGUCAUUGGUAUGGUCGCAGCUGUCUUGCCUCUCUGUGCCGCUUUCCAGCUAUUCGAUGCAUUGGCAGCGAGCUGUAACGGCAUUCUUCGGGGCAUCGGUCGUCAAGAAAUCGGCGGGUAUGUCCAAGUUUUCUGUUAUUAUGUCGUUGCAAUGCCAAUCAGCAUGGGAACGACGUUUGGACUCGGAUGGGGCCUUUGGGGUCUGUGGACUGGUGUUGCCAUUGCCUUGGGUUUGGUGUUUUUCAUUGAGGUGGUGUUUUUGAGUAGAACGAGUUGGGAAAAGAGUGUUGAGGACGCCAAGAGCCGAAAUGAUGUUGCAUGA